AUGCGCGCUCGCGCGUGCCAGCGGCGACGGUCGGUCGCGCGCGGGACGGUUCGCGCGGACCGCCCGGCCCGAUCCGGCAUUUGCCGGCGACGCGCGCACGAGUGGCAGCGAGCGCGCAGGGAUGCGAUCGGCACAUCGCCAAGCCCCCUGACGGCGCCGGCGCACCCGAUGGGCGCGCGAACGUGCCCGGCAUUUGCCGGGGACGCCGACGUUCUCGAUGCGUCUCGGCAUUUGCCGAAGCGCGAGCGUUCGACCGCGCAAGUGCACGAGGCACGUCGAGCGGCGAGCGACGAUACGGCGGAUGGGCGUGGGAACGCGUUCGAGCGCGAGGCGGAGGUGGCGGGCCGGGCCGAGGUGUCGGAAGGCGCGCGCGAUGCGUCGGGAGCGCAAGCGUCGGCGGCACGUGGCACAACGUCGGGAGCACGCGUCGCGGCGACGGCGGGCGGAGGGCGGGCGACGAUGAGCGCGAUCCGGCGUUUGCCGAGGCGACGACGACGAGCGGUAGUGGCCAGGCCCCUACGAAGGGCUCUGGCAGAUGUAGUUAUAUUGUGUAGCUAUAUUCUACAUACUUCGUAG